UUAACCUUUUAAUCCCUUUGUCAAACUUCUCCCUGGGCUUGUUGUCGGCUUGCGAUGAUAUUAAUUCGCUCCGGUUUACCAGUGCCACUGCGGUUAAACGCCUGAAAGCGAUAACGUAGCCUUGAACGGCCGGGAGGCACUUCUCUCCGAAAAGGUCUAUGGCAACGGCGAAGGAAGGCGAUCCCAUACAUCCUCAUUGCCUGAACUGCGUGAACGUUGCCAAAUGUUCGGCGCGCCUGGAGAAAAGGACGAGCUGCCAGAUCGUGCACUGCAAGCUUGAAUGCGGCGCCAGCUUCCACGCGUGCAAAUGCCAGGAGCAUCAGCUGCUCUGUCCCAAUGUCAAGGUGCCAUGUGCCAACGCUGUCAACGGCUGCCCAGUGUGGCUACUCCGAAGCCAGCUGGGUACCCAUCUGCAGCACUGCCCUGCGAGCCUUGUGUACUGCACAGCCGAAUGGAACAGGUGGGGUUGGCUUCGCAAUGCAACUGGCGAUCGGCAGUGCGUCGAUCGAUCAGGAAAGCUCCAGCUGGACUAUGCCUUGGCCAUGCGAGACCUGCGGUCCCUGAGGGACGGCAGCCACCGUGGGAAGCUAAACAAAGAGGGCAGCAAGGACGAUGCAAUGCCAGUGGCUGCAGCACCUAGGGGCCUUGGGACCACUGGCAACGCCUGGUGCUUGUACAAUGGUGGCAACUGCACCAACAGCAGCGAUGGUGUAGAUAGUCAUGCCACGGGUAGGUUGAACGGGUAUGUGAACCACGUGUGCGAGACAUCCUGCGUCAAGGCUAGGGAGGAGGAGAAGACGAAUCGCGGGGACGUGGACUUCAGGCUCAUGCGAGCAGCCGGUGCGUGCUUUGCGGCGAAGCACGGUGUUGGCCUGAAUGUUGAGCUGUGCGUCGAGUUCCUGACACGGUACCAGCUGAAGCCGGACAAGGUCUACACGUUUUCUUGCUGCCAGGUCUUUCGUCGCGAUGAAUAUGCUUGGCAUUAUCAGAAUGUCCACAGGGACAUACACUGUGGCCUCAACGGCUGGCUUGAGCACAGAUGUCCGUUGGCCCAAUAUGGCUGCAGCUUCUCAAGGCGAAUGUUUCAUCCUUCACCGUCUGGAUCUCAACUCGUCUACAGUGAGGUACUGGAGUCCUUUGGACUUGCUUUUCCAUCAGCGGUGAAGGAAGCAAAGCAAAGUGGAGAGGGUGAUGCAGACAAAGGGUGCUCCAACAAUCCAAGCGGCACAUCAGCCACUAACAUUAAAGUGCUGGAGAACUGUGGACUUGCCUUCCCAUCAGCAGUGGAGGAAUCUAAGCCGAAUGUAAAGGCCGAUGCAGAUAAAGGGGCACAAUCUUGCCUACCCAACGGGCACUCUCAUACCAACGGCACUUGUGGUGAAUCUGGUGAUGGCGUGACAUCCAGUGCCCUAGCUUUCUUGGACUCCCCUCCUCUUGAUGGGGAAUCUGGUGAUGCCGCAUCAUCCAGUGGCCAAGCAUUCUUAGACUUCCCUUUUGAAGUUCUGCAGCACAUAGCUGGCUUUCUGGAUGCUUUCAGCCUAAAUAACUUCUCUCUCGUCUCUAAGCGUCUAAGGGACGUCUCGUGUUCGCUCCUGAAGAGCCGUGGAAUGGUUGUCCUGAGAUGGGAAAGGCAUGGAAAACUUACCUGGAGAGUCCAUUCAAAGGUAUUUGUCCUCGACAUCAAUAAAGUGGCGCCAACAGACCUCAUUGGUGCUUCUAUCAAGCUUCUGGGAAAGACCGACAACACGGACAUAUUCAAAAUUUUUGCAGAACUUCUUAACUUUGAGAACGACCUAAUAAGGGUAACAGACUUUGAGCCCAGCUACUCCUUUGUUAAGCUAAUGCACAAGAUCACCGAGAACAACGAGAGGAGAAUGCUGCAGAAAUUUCGUACGCAGUACUCUGAGGACUUCGAGGUGAACUUGCCGGUGAAGAACUUGGACGUAUUCCCUUCACCAUUCAACUGCCAGAGCAUUCCCAGCGAUGACUCGCGCAGCAACAAUAAAUGCGUUAUUCUUUGA